AUGAUCUCCCAUCUAAUUGUUACUAUUCAGGAUGUGCUUGACUACCUAUACUACUACACUCAGUUCCCUUUUCCAACCGUGAAUUCGUCCGGCCUUGGCAAGACAAAUUCGAGUGUGCUCGGCCGAGAGCCGGCGCUUUUCUUAGAUCUGCCUCCCAGUUCCCGACACAGCCCAACUUGUCAAUCACUCACAGCUUCGCUGGCUGUACAGACAGCUGAUCCACGGUUACCCGACGUCCUGUCGGACACAGAUGGGGAAGACGAAGGGGCUGAAGUUGAAAGUGAUGAAUCAGAUGCAGCUACAUGGGCAUUACGAGAUAAAAAUAAGCAGCACAUAACUUCCGGAUAUAGCCAGCGACGCUGUGACAGACGACUAGCUUGCAAAGAGUCGAAUGGCUUGGAGGCUGGUGCAUAUAAUACUGAUUUAGACGAAGACCUUCUUGAGACGCUGGCAGGACAUGCUGACUGGAAAUCUACCCAUGACAAGGGACCCGGACAAGCUGUGCGAAACCGCACAGUUGCCUAUAUUGACAUCCAUCCACGGAUUCACUUCCUGACUGGCAGGACUACUGGAGAUCGGUUCUCUGCUCACCAAGUCAGUUCAAAUGUACUUGGCUGUCCAGCACAUUUAUCUAUCUCGAUCCGGCAGUCGACGGACCAUAAUACCCACCCUGUUCGAGAGAAGAGUAAAGGGGAAGAGGGCUCUUGGACCCAAGUAAUUGAGGAGACUAGCACAAGCGGAGUGGAGACGGCCAGAGUCGAGUGGGCGUUGCCUUUACGAUACGUAUCCAGAGCGUACAUCCAAUCGUAUGUCCUUUUGAAAGCGAUGCGCAGAUAUGAGUGA